CAUAACCGAUACGUACUUACGUCUGUCGUCUUCGUGGACUCGGAUUAUUUAUUUUGUUUUCCUCUCCUUUGUAAAAAUAAAUAUAAAUUCGAUUAGUAGAGACGUUCGCAUUUACGUAGACAGCUGCAAGUGUUGUUCGACAUUGAUCACUAGUUUGAUAGUGCUAUUAGUUUCAAUCAAGUUUUGUUUUUUAUUAUUCUUUGUUAUUUGAGAUAUCCGAUUAUUGUGAUUCAUCUUCACAUCACAAUGCCUAUUUUAUUCAGUGUGGUGGCCCGAGGCACAGUUGUUUUAGCCAAAUUUGCCUCGUGUGCAGGGAAUUUCACGGAAGUCACGGAACAAAUACUGUCGAAAAUUCCGCCCCACGAUGACAAAUUAACAUACUCUCAUGGGAAUUAUUUAUUUCAUUACAUUGCUGAAAACAAAUUGGUGUACUUCUGCAUCACUGAUGAUAAAUUCCAACGUUCGAGAGCAUUCCUCUUCCUCAAUGAGAUCAAACGAAGGUUUACUGCGGCGUUUGCUGAAACAGCUCAGACUGCUAUCCCUUAUGCUAUGAAUGGUGAAUUUGCCAGAGUCCUGGCAGCUGAAAUGAAACACUACACAGAAUCCGGAGACCUCAACACUAUAUCUACAAUAUAUGGAGAACUGGAUGAGCUGAAAAACAUCAUGGUUAAAAAUAUAGACAAUAUGGCGACUCGGGGUGAAAAAUUAGAGCUGCUUAUCAACAAAGCUGAUAACUUGGCCACAAAUUCUGUCUCCUUCAACGGCACCGCACGGACGUUACAGCGCAGCCUCUUCUGGAAGAACAUCAAGAUGUACGUGAUCAUGGCUCUCGUCGCGGCCCUGGCUGUCUACUUCAUCGGCGCGAUGGCCUGCGGCGGCCUGGCGUGGAAAACUUGCGUUGGUUAGACUUUACUCUAUGAGAAUAAUAAAAUACGGCGUAUAGAAACGGUCCAGGCGUCAUAUUAAACUGCACUAUUGUGGGGCUAAAAUUAACGUGCAAAAAGUCGUAUAGUCGUUAAGCUGGCCGUCUCAUUUGCAUUCACGAUCUCUUUACGUUUGCAGCUUUCCCUCUCACUGUUUGCCCUACUGGCGACGUUGGUUUUGGCCUCAUAAUAUAUUAAGAACAAUUUACUAUUAAAAUUACACAUCAAUCAUAUAAUUCUAAAUACAUAGGUAACUCAUUCAAUUUGCCAGUAGAAUUGCCUGUUAGUAGAUAACAAAUGCUUUAAAACGAAUCAUUAUUUGCAUGAAACGCGAUGGUAAUUUAAGUAAUUUACCAGGCUACUAGUAAUUUCAGUAUAUACCGGUUGCAUUUCCUAUUCGUCUAAUGGCUUUUAAAAUAAUUAUUUCCUCGGUUAUUGAGAUUACAAUAUUCUUACAACCUUGGGAUAAACUAAUGUGGGUUUAUUAAUAUGAAAUUGGUAGCUCGCUGUACGGUUAGAUUAUACAGGUAUUAUCAGAUUAUUAUGGAUCUAUUUAGCCUUGGAAUGAAGUCUAAGCGUCCAUAUCAAUAAGGGUAUAUACUUCAAACUAUUACAGAUAUGUAGAAUCAUAACAAUAUGUACAGUUCGUUACAAAUGAAAUUACAUUUAAAAUGUUUGCAAAAUAUAAAUCAACAAAAAGUGACAAGAAGGUGGGUUCUUCAUAAUAUUAAUUACAGUUACAUAUGAUACCGAAAUUGUAUAAAUAUGUACUAGUGUCAUUUUAAAGCUUGAUAAACAGUAGGUACCUAUACUACCUAACCUAUAAGACAUUACCUAACUAGAGAGCCUAUUUCAAAUAACGUUCUUGCUCAAAGUUUUAUGGCCCCUGGGGAAAUUGUACAUCUAUACGCUAAUGUUAUUUAUUAUUCUUUUGGUAAAGGUUUCUUUAAAUGACCAACAUGAUUUGUGAAUAAAUUUCAGUCUGUCUGUGUUCACAUUAAAAGACAAAUAUCAUCUAGCUAACAUCAGUAAUGACGAAUAAACUAAUAAUUUGUAAUGCAUGAAUAAUAAUGCAAUUCUGCGGAGCAAUAACAAAAUUGUACUUAUAAAAACAUCAAAAUGCUUAUUUCACAACUUUACUAAAUAAAUUUCUAUAUUAUAUGAAGCUAAGAAAAUAAUAGCCUAGAUCAAAGUAACAGCAAGCUUCACUUGUUUAGUGUUUUGACACACGGACAGUUUUUUUUUUAUAUUUUUUACACAGAAAUCUAGACAUCACUAUCAACUUCAGUUAUGAAGUUCUAGUUUACG